AUGGCCCAAUCCACGCCGCUAGUCCUCGUCACCAUGGGCUCGGAUUCCGACCUUCCCGUGCUCAAGGCAGGUAUCGACAUCCUGACCCAAUUUGGCGUCCCGUGGGAAGUCGACAUCACAUCGGCACAUCGGACACCUGCUCGGAUGGCCGAGGUCGCCACCCAAGCUGCCGGGCGCGGCAUCAAAGUCAUCAUCGCCGCCGCCGGAGGCGCUGCUCAUUUGCCCGGAAUGAUUGCAGCCUACACACCAUUGCCCGUCAUCGGCGUGCCCGUGAAAGCAACGCAUUUGGAUGGCAUGGAUUCCCUGCUAAGUAUUGUGCAAAUGCCCCGAGGCGUACCGACGGCCACUGUGGGCAUCAACAAUUCAGUCAACGCCGCCCUUUUAGCCAUCAGAUUCCUGGGCGCUUUCAUGCCUGAGAUGCAGGAGAAGAUGGUGGAAUAUCAGGCCCAAAACGAGAAGCAGGUGCAGGACAAGGCGAGUCGACUGAGAGAGACGGGCGUAGACGCCUAUCUGGCACAAAUGAAUACAUGA